AUGGUGUACGUUCCGUGGCAAGAGCUUGGAAUAUGCAGAUUCUUCGCGAUGCACAAGACGACCUGUAACAAAGGCGAGGCAUGUCGUUGGAGACAUCCGCCAGAGGAGGAGGUGCGGCAUCUGUGGGAUCAGUAUCAGUGGUUGGAGUCACAGCAAGAUCCGGCGCAAACAGGCGCUCGGUCACUGCAUUCACCGCCAUCUACUCACUUCUGGCGGGCACCGCCGCCCCCAAAUCAUCCAGUCUCCAGCAACGACGAUCACACUUUGCGUCGAGGAACAUAUCUACCUCCACGCCCCAGCUUCCCUGCAUCACCGCCGACGAUUCGGGAAGAAGGCCACGCGGCGAGCGACUUCCACGUCCGUGGCGCGUAUGAGCGAAAAGAGUCGGCGCCAGACUCUCGGUCAUCUUUCCCGCCACAGAUACCUCUCGCGUCAGACUUCCUCACGAUGGAUCGAGCGGACAGCGUUCCCAGGUCGCAUGUGUCGAACCAGCAGCCAGCCGUUGAUCCGCAUGGCAUGAGUCCGGACAGGGCCGCUAGGCCGAAGCGGAAGAACGAAGAGGGCCACGGCUAUGACUUGGAAGCCAGCAGAAAGCGCAGAAGAGAUAACGACUUCGACCCAAGUCGGUCACAGAAUCCAUUUGUCAACGGGUCGCGGCUCUACCGCUUCGUCUGGGGCAACCCACUUUGCGUGCAAUGCGGUGAGCUGGGUCAUCUACCACGAGACAAGAAGUGUGCAUCCCCACCACUGUCCAAGCAAGAGCACGAUUUUCUUUACGAUUUGGUCCGGGAAGAGCAGAAUCGCAACAAGGCGGAGCGAGGACUUGAUCAUCGGCAGCCGACGUCCAGUCUUCAUCCGACACUCACGCCAGAGCCAGAGAUGUCUUGGCCAGAUCCAGCACCGGCGAUACCGACCGGCUUGGAGACAUUGAGCAGUGACCAAGCGCAAAACGAAUGGAGAGAGAGGGAGCCGCUGGAGAGUCAAUCGGGAUACUGGGAACGGUCACAGACGCGCCGGCUUCCACGCUCACUUCUGCGCGACGACGAUGAUCCCUCGGCGAGAGACUACCGAGAGGCACCAUACAACGGUCGCAAGCAAGACUCCAGGCAGAGAUGUGCCAAGAGGAGGAUUGGAGACGUAGGAGAUGUAGAAGAGGAGAAGCAGCCGAAGAAGCUGAAGCCUGAAGUCGAGGAGGCGGACGCGGACGCGGAGGCGGAGGCGGACACGGAGGAGGCUCGCUGUAACCUCGGCGAAAUUGGACCUCAUGAGGCUCAGGCUCACACCUCAGCGGACGUGCAGGCAGGAAGGAUAGCACCACCGACGCCUCCCUCAGCACCGCCAGCGGCACCCGUGCCCCCUUCUCUCCUCCAUUCCUUCGCGAUGGGCGCGACGAAGCGUCUGUCCAACGGCGAGGCCAAGAAUGUCGGGCCUCAUCCGUCGACGAUCCGAGUCUCGGCCAGCUACAUGACCCAGUCCGCGAUCGAAAAGAGACUACAACCGCCCGCACUCGAUGCUCAGGAGAGGAGCUUAGCGGAGGCACGAGAAGACAGCGUCCGACUGCAGGGCGUCACUUGGCUGGACAGCGUCCGCCGAGCCCUCCAGCUGCCGGUCAAGACCUACACCACCGCAUGCGUAUACUACCACAAAUUCCGGCUGGCCCAUCCAACCGUCGAGUACAGCUACACAGAUGCAGCGGCAGCGAGUCUCUUGACGAGCUGCAAGAACGAGGACACCUUGAAGAAGAGCCGCGACAUUCUGGCAGCAGCGUACAACCUGAAGCAACCGUCUGCGCAUGAACAGGUCGGUGCGGAUGACCCCAUCUUCGAAGCGCCAAGCAGGGUGGUGAUAGGGCUGGAGCGACUGGUGCUGGAGAGCGGUGGCUUCGACUUCAGAAGUAGAUCGCCGCACCACACCUUGGUCAAGAUCAGCAAGAGUCUGCCCAAGAGCGACGACCUGAGGAGCGUAUCGCAACUGGCAUGGACCAUCCUUACAGAUAUCCAUCGUACCUUUGCCGUGUUGAAGCAGACGAGCUCUACUUUAGCUCUGGCGAGCUUAGAACUGGCCGCACACUUCAUUGCGACAACUUCUCCAAAUAACGCAUGUACGGUCAGAGACGACUUGCAGGCACUGGAUCUGAACACAUGGCACACUACCAGAGAGGAGGUGAUGGAGACAUUGCUUGACGCACUAGACCUGUAUACGCACCACACAAGCUCGACUAUUCUCGGAACAAAGUACUCGCUGGACGACCUGCUCCGGAUACGUUUGGCCCUGAACAAGGAGUGCACUGAGUCGAGUCUGCCACGCUACACCGUCAUUCAGCCUCCACCGUCACCAGACAAUGCGAACGGUACCAGCAACACUCUGCGAGUGGCAAAUGGGCAUCCGACCCCUGUGUCGCCGCCUCAGCCCGGUACACAGCCACCACAGCAGUCUAAUGGUACUGGCCUCAAUUUACCCACACCGGAGGGAGGUGGCACUCUGCGCUUCAUGCUCAACCCGCAGCGAGCCACAGAGGAGAGAGCCGAAGUCAACAGAUACUACACAGAAGAGUGGGAAGAGUACGAAGAGGAGAUUGAAGUUCCAAUACCGCGAAAUCGAUCGCGCGAGCGAGAUCACGCCCGGCAACGAGACUAUUCACUUGACAGCCGACCACGUCAUGGGCCAGGUAGAGAUGACAGAUUUGAAGAUCGGAGGAGCACAAGAGACGAUCGAGACGGGCCUCCACCACCUAGAGGUGUCCCUCCACUUGACCGAGAGCGUGAUCGAGAACGGCUGAGGGAGAGAGAGCGGGAAGCAGAGCGUGAGCGGACUCGCCUUCGAGAUCGUGAUAGAGAGCGACGAUACGAUGAUCGGCGAUACGAUGAUAGAGAGCGCGACCGGCGGUACGAUGACAGGAGAGAGCGAGAUCGCGAGAGGAGAUACUACGACGAUGAUCGCAGACGACCAAGAGAUGAAAGGCGUUAG